GUAGAAGAAGCUCGCUGAAUCUUCAACACUCUUUCAUCCGCUCCUAUAAAAGGGAGGGCCAUCUUCUCAUCCACGCCACACAGAUUCUCUUGAAAGAGCAUCAUUUGUUGGAUUUGGAAAUUUUGUUCAGUUGUCUAACGAACUCGUUCCAAGUACAAAGACAAUAUGAAGCAAAAGAUAGCCUUGAAGGUUCAGAUGAAUUGCCAGAAAUGCCGAACCAAGGCAAUGGAGAUCGCUGCGUCUGCAGAAGGUGUGAUCUCGGUGACGAUAGACGGGGAGAAAGAACAGGUUGUGGUGGUUGGAGAGGAAGUUGAUUCCAUUGAUUUGAUGAGCCGGUUGAGGAAGGUGGGCUACACAAAUCUUAUCAGUGUAGAAGAGGUGAAGCCAGAGCAUAAAAAGGAAGAGCCCAAAAAGCCAGAGCCCGAGAAGGACCCAUUUCCAAAAAUUGCUUGGUUUAACGACGGAUUUAAUCCGUUGCUAAUGGAAAAAAUCCGUCGCUACGCCCGUCUUCUCAAAAAUCCAGUCCAAACGUCACAGAAUUUCACGACGGAUUGA